AUGCCGGUUUUCCAGACAGAGUUCUUGUAUUUGAGUCCAGAUACAAUGUUGUUUUUGACAGUAAAGACAAAUCAAGAAACAACAAACCUUAUCUUUCUCAGACAAUUCCUUGAGGGUAACUUGAGGGCCCAACUGAAUCUUGGGAUCAACAUCAUCAUAGAGCUCUCACUCAUUUUCCUGCUGAUCCCCACAACAUUUUCCUCAGCCUUAGAAUCCAAUGAAUUCGGCCCAGAGAUCGAUUUCCCCUCAUCUUUCUCAUCAGAUCCCAUGGCUUUGGAACUCGAAGCAGACCCAAUAUCCAAAGACAUCAAACGCAAUUAG